GUUUUUUUUUUUUUUUUUGUUAAUACGAUGUCGUAUUCCUCCUUAACCUCUCUAUAAACGAUGGUCUCGAACUUUAUCCUAUUUCUCUCCUCUCAUGAACCCUAGUUAUUUUUGUGCUUGUCCCCAACAAGAACCCUAGCCUCCUUCAUCUACAAAAAUGACAGGAGAAGCAGUGAACCCAAAAGCAUACCCACUGGCGGAUUCACAUUUGACCAUUACAAUUCUCGAUCUCGUUCAACAAGCAGCCAACUACAAGCAGCUCAAAAAGGGUGCUAAUGAAGCAACCAAGACCCUUAACAGAGGAAUCUCCGAGUUCAUUGUGAUGGCUGCCGAUACGGAGCCUCUCGAGAUCCUUCUGCAUCUUCCCCUGCUUGCUGAAGACAAGAAUGUGCCGUAUGUGUUUGUUCCUUCAAAGCAGGCUCUCGGACGAGCAUGCGGUGUCACAAGACCAGUGAUUGCUUGCUCUGUUACAUCAAAUGAGGCUAGCCAAUUGAAAACACAAAUUCAACAACUCAAGGAUGCGAUUGAAAAGCUGUUGAUUUGAUAGGAAAGAUGAAGGAUGGUGUGCGGAAUCGGUGCGAUGGGCCUCUUGGGUGGCUUUGACUGCGGCACUAGGGAAUUGAGCUUAUUAUAUUAUUGGUCUUCCUUUAUGUUUUCUUAUUGUGCAUUGUGAGAUGAAGGGUGUAAUAAUACUUAUAGUUAAAACUUCAUAUUUGGUAUUGCUAUGAAUAUCAAUUAUUCUGUC